CCGGCCCCCCGUCGCGCCCCUCGCAUCGCUUGCCGCAAUCGCCACCGUCAUAAGGUCGACGAGCCGAGCAGUCGAAGCAUACCAGCCUCUGCCUCUACUCAUCCACCACAUUCGUUUGACACUAUGGCUAUCGACCCCAAGGCGAGCAGCGACAGUCUCGAGCUUCCCCUUCCUCAGGGGAGGGCACCGGCGACGCGGGUGCAGCGCUUGAAGGCGUAUAUGCUGCAGGAAGUCGACGCGAAUGAGAGCACGACGCCGCUGGCUGCCUACUCCUUCAUGACGGGCUACGUCGACGCCGUUGCCUUCUCAGCAAUCUUUGUCUGGUGCGGCUUCCAGACGGGGAACUUCAUCCAGCUCGCUGUCGCCAUCGCCCGCCUCUUUGAAGACGGUCUCACUGGCGUUAUGGACCACACCUUCCACCUACCCGAUCGGCAAGCGCUCGCCUCCCUCAUCGCCUUCAACGCCGGUGCCUUCAUCGGGCGCAUAGGCGACCACAUCGGCCCGAAGAAGCGUCUCUGGCUCGUCCUCGGCACCCUCCUGCAGACGCUGUUCCUCAUGGGCGCGGCGCUCGCGCUGUGGAAGUCCGGCCAGGGAAGCAUCGCGAGCGACCGCGGCGACCCAGCGUGGACGAAUGUGCGCACCUACGUCGCGCUUGUGUUGAUGAGCGCGAGCUUGGGGCUGCAGGGUAUUCAGGCGAAGCGCUUGAAUACGCAGUUCGGGACGACGAUCGUCCUGACCACUAUCUGGGUGGAGCUCAUGAGCGACCCCAAGCUCUUCAGCAUUCGCGAGAGCGUCCGUACGCGGGAUCACCGUCUCCUCGCCGCAGGUGCUCUCUUCUUCGGCGGAUUUGUCAGCAGGGCGAUCCUUGCCGAAGUCGGUGCAGGAGCAGCUCUCGGCGUUGGCACCGGCAUCCGUCUCCUCGUUUCCCUCUCCUGGAUGUUUGUCCCGGGCAAGUAACCUCCUCGCCUUGUGGAUCCAACCUCUUACUUCGUUUGACGCGCGGCAACGUGCGUUCGUCUACCUUACCUCCAACCCAUCCUCGCUCGUUCUGUGGUGCAGCAUUGUCUGCAGUGUAGCAAUCAGUCGGUCGUUUGUUAGUGUGUGUUGUUGUCCUUUUGCUGCUCGUCGGAUUUACAGCCUCGCAUGUUAGAAGGAAUAGAAUUUUGAAUCGCCAUAGUU